AUGGGCGAUUCUAAGGGUGAUGGUUCUUGUUCUUUUGAGGAGGUUCAAGAAGAAGAAUUCCUUUUAGCACUGUCGAGACAGCCUUUAGAGGCCGUGAAGGCUCUUUUCAGCGUGGUUUCAAAUGACAAGCUAAGCAAGCUAGUGACAACUCCUUACAAUUAUAAAAUCACCCAAGCCGUUCAUGGCCUUGCCACGUCUAUUGCCUUUAUCAAAGCCCUCAAUGUUGAAUGGCAAAAGCUAUUCGCCCAUAACAAAGCUCAAACCCUUGAGUUAGUCUCUUACAAAGAAGAUAUGGAAAAUCUUCGCCACAAGGGACAGGCUAAGAAGUUGUUCCCAAAGAUGGACUUUGAUUCGAUCAUGCCCGUCUUUCUUGAGAUUGAGGAGAAGGGGAAGGAUGCUGAGGUCCAUGAAGCUCAUGCUGAAGGGAAUCUCGAGAUUUCUGCUGAAUGGGGAUCUUGA